AGCGAGACACGGAAAAGAAUGAAUCACGAAGAUGGUGCAGAUGAUUGGGGUUCUCAAAGGCCAGAAACGCCGCCACCUUUCGAUGCAUCAGAGUACAGUCAGCUCAUCUCUGCAGGGCCGUUGCUGCCGCUGCUAGAACAGUAUGCAGGCGUAGGUUCUUAUGACCAGAACACUCUUAGGGGGGCCCCGUGGCAAGUGCAGUCACAAGGCGCUAACGCUGACAAAUGUACGGGCAGCCAACUCCAACUAGCUAGUAUGGCUAAUCAAGAGCCUUCGUGCAGCACGUGGAAUCGGGCAGCACCCAUGUACCUGCCAUCGACGUCGUACACAGGUGAGUCCAUAAACAUAGUGAAGAUGCGGAUGCUCAGUCAGCACAAGGCAUAGUUGACAACUACAAAAAUUGUCAUGACUGGUCUUCUACGGUUGCCAUGUAUUAAAAAUAACAUUUGUCAUCUCUGCACACCUGCAGUUGCCAUGUAGGAAAAGCUGCAGUUGCCAUUUCAUGACAACUGCAAUUGCCAUCUAAUAACAAACUGCGAUUGCCCUACCGAUGCAACUUCAGUUGCCAUGCAAGCAAAAAUGCAUUUGCCACAUAAGGGCAACUGCAGUUGCCGUGCUAGCACGAAAUGCAUUUGCCGCGAUUUGACCAACCACUACUAUGAUUGCAGGUUAUUACGCUGGUGGUGAUCCGGCAAACGUCUC